AUGACGAUGGAAAGUGACGAGAAUCACUUAGAGACAUGGCGUCUGCGACGACGGUUAAACUUGAUUGAGAGUCUCAAGCCGGCGCCCAACACAAGUGUUUUCACGAUACUCAUCAGGCCGGACGACCAUAUCACCAAGAUCAGAUCAAUGCUUGCUGAUGAACAGGCUAGGUCUUCGAAUAUUAAGUCGGACACUAACAGAAUCUCCGUGCAAGAUGGCCUGAAAAUUAUAAUCGAGCACCUCAGAGUUCAACGCCACUUACCGAAGAAUGGGCUUGCUUGCUAUUGUGGUACCUCUGUUUUUGACCCUAACUGCGAUAAAUCCAUCAAAUUGAAGAUGUUCUUUGAACCUCCAAAACCGAUCACGAGGUUCAUUUACGACUGUGGGUUUACGUUUCACACGUCAACGUUGCGCACUCUCCUAAAUGAUGAACAGGCAGUCGGCUACAUUGUUAUUGACGGCAAAGGCACUUUGUUCGCCUCGGUGCGUGGUAGCGUGAAGGAUGUGCUUUUCAAGAUGUCGGUGGACCUUCCCAGGAAGCAUGCCAGAGGAGGGCAGUCGGCCGCCAGGUUUGCUCGGAUUAGAGAGGAUGCCCGUUUGAUUUACAUCAGUCAAGUAUGCGAGAAAGCUGUUCAAGUGUUCAUCAAAAACAACAUACCGUGCAUAAAUCAACUGAUCAUCGCAGGACAGGCACAUCUCAAAGAUUGCAUUGAAAAAUGCCCUCGCUUGGACGUACGGUUGAAGCCCCUUAUUUGCUCUAUAUUGACCGUCGACUACGGUGGUGAAGCAGGUCUCAACGACGCAAUACGGCAGAGCAUGAGUCAGCUUGCAAGCAUCAAGUUGAGUAAAGAAAUAACUCUCAUUAGAUCAUUUUUCGACCUCCUCUCCCGUGGACAGGAAAACCUUGUGGCAUAUGGACCUGAUGGCGUAACUGCGGCUCUAGAGGAAGGUGCAGUAGAGACGGUGAUUGUCUGGCAAGACCUUGCUCUAGUGAGGUGGGUAAUACAGAAGGAUGACUCAACUACUAUCGUGGAGUACUUGGAGACUGGAAAACAUCCAAAACAUGAAACAUUUGUGGUAAAGGAAGACGGAAUUUCUUUCGUGGAAUGGCUGGCAGACCACGUGAAAAGCUGGGGAUGUAAGCUGGAGCUCGUGUCUGAUGCUACCCCUGAGGGGGCCAUGCUGGUGGGUGGCUUCCGAGGUAUAGCUGCUCUACUCAGGUAUUCCAGAGAGCCAGCUCCUAACCUUCUCGACGACUCGGACCACUGUUUCGACCUGGACAUGAGCCUCUGCAAUUUGACUUAUUGA